CGUUCACUUGCUGCGCGAGACUUUACGCGCCUAAAACACCAUCAAUCGACGAUGGGGCAGCCCACAACCGCCGGAACAGCGUCUGACUGUCCAGUCGACACUGCCUUAGGAGCCGCUUCAGGCGAAGGCACCGCGCCCAUCACGCCAGGGCGCAUCACACCACACUGUGACGACGACAGCGCCUCAGCGGCGGUGGUCGACGUCGCCACAACGGGCCCCGGCCUCAAGCUCCAAUGGGUGCGCAGACGCGCGAGCUUGGAAGGCUGCAAAUUGACAUUAGAUAGCCUCGAUAGCCUCGACCUCGAAGGCGCGCGGUGCACGCCGCGCGGCGACGGCGGGCUGCGGCUACGGCUGCGCGGCGGGCGGCGCGUCCUGAUACGGUCGCCCCGGAAGGACGAACCAACUUCGGAGCCGACCGCCGAGCCUACUCAGGAGCUGACUGACGAUGCGAAGCUCCUCGACGCAGUCGCCGGGGCCUGCGCGCCGCCGACGGUCGAGGAUUUGGUUGCUGCCUGCCGCGAGGCGGCGCCGACGGGGCCGGCGGAGCCGCCGCAGCGCCUGCUGCUCACCGACGACGCCAGCGACGGCGAGGAAGCCGGCGCGGACGACGCCGGCGCGGACGUCUGCCCCGUCUGCCUUGAAGCAUUGUGGCGGCGGCCCGUCGCGUUCUUCGCGGACGCGGGCCGCGGCCGCGCGUGCCCGCACUUUUUGCAUGCCACGUGCGCCGCGCAGAUCGCGCGCCACUCGGACCGGUGCCCCACGUGCCGCGCGCCGUUCGCGCGGCCGCGGGCCAUGCCGCCCUUGGACUACGCGGACCUCGCCUGGGUCUCGACGCUCUGCGACGGGGACGGCGGCGUCCGCCGGCGCGACGCGUGCGCCGCGCUCGCGGCGCAGUUCCCGUUCGACCGCGCGGCCGUCGAAGUCGAUUUGCCCUGGGACGCGUGGGGCGGCGACGUCCUCGACGCGGCGAAGCUCUGCGACGUCCGCACGGGCCUGAAGGCGGCGCUGCUCGGCCCUUUGAAGUCCUGAACCCGUGUGUAAGAGAUACUGUAACAACAACGAUUAAUUGGG